AUGCACUCCCAGCUGCCCAGGCCCCUCAGACUCCAACACAUUUUCGGUUUUCGGAGGAAUGCCCAAGCAGCUACACUGAAGCGGCUACUGGAAGCGCACAUCUUGGACUUCCGACCCCUGGUGGCACUAGAGUCGUGGUACCUCCAGAUGAGCGCGGCGCUCCUCACCAAAUUCGAUAUUUCCCCGGAGACGUAUCGGCAGCGCUUUAGAGCCACCGGAGUUCCUGCUGGAGAGACGCCCACGGAGACCUACCAUCGGCUGCGAGGACUCUACCGUCGCUGGAUUCGCCCCGACAUCCUGUCCAAGGACGCGAUCGGUGAGCUCAUCGUCUUGGAGCAACUGCUGUGUGUGCUUCCGCCGGACGUCCGUAUGUGGGUGAAGGAGCACAACUUGGAGGACGGCCUUACAGCAGCGAAAAUUGCCAUGGAUAUAAUCGGUCCACUGCCACGGAGUGGGCGAGGUCAUCAAUACGUCCUCGUCGUGUGCGACUACGCCAUCAAGUGGGCCCGAGAAGAGGUGCGCUAUCUGGGCUAUCAACUCGGCCAUGGCGAAGUCCGACCCCAGGUCGACAAAGUGGAGGCGAUAAGGAACUGUCCAAGGCCCAGAACCAAGAAAGAGCGUCAGUCUAGGGUGCACACUUGGCUGGCGUUCAAUCACUCUAUAGUCCAUAGUACUUCCAACCGGUCCAAAAGUAUCUCAGUAUUUUGUCACACGCACAGCACAGCAAAGUUGGCCAAACCGAACCCCGCGGUCUUCCUUGUUUUUAUGCGCCGAGAGUAG